CUUCCCCCGAUAGGGGGCAGUAGCAGCCGGUGAGCACAGGAAAGAUCCACUUGUUUUAUCACUGAGCCGCUAAUCUGUCCAACCGAAGCAACUCUGCCUGCUGUUAUUUGCAGAAAUGACGGAUACAACUCAUAACGAAAUGUUUCGUGCUUUUAUAAAAUCUGCACGAUUUUAGCUCAGAAAUCAGGACAAGAUAAAGGGAAACGAUGCCGCCAUCGGGGCUGUGAGAAGAACAAGCUAGCGUAAAGGCUACAUGAUGGAGUUAGCUUUGUUUGUGUUUAUGAAAAAUGAAGCCGCAGGCGGAAGUAUGUUAGAAAAAGGGAAUAAGAUGAAGACUGGGUGAAGUCCACCUGCAGACUCAGCAUGAGAGAGGACGGCAGAGCUGAGAGGACAUGUGCAGCUCUGUUUGAGGACCAGGACUUUCCCUGUGAGGACGCCUCCCUUUUCUGUGACAGCUCCACGCCCAUGGCCAGGCUGCAGGGAGACAUCACCUGGCGUCGCCCGCAGGAGAUCUGCCAGCGUCCGGCCCUCUUUCCCACCAACAUCAAUGUGGCUCACCCAAAACAGGGUCUACUAGGAGACUGCUGGUUUCUCUGUGCAUGCACCGUCCUGCUCAAAAGACAACACCUUUUAAACAAGGUGCUUCCUCCAGGCCAGCCCCAGUGGGGUGACGCCAGAUACAAGGGCUCUUUUAGGUUCUGCUUCUGGCAGCGGGGACAGUGGACAGAUGUGACCAUUGAUGACCGGCUGCCUUGCAUAAAUUCCACACUCUGCUUCUCCUGCUGCCAUGCCCCUGGUGCCUUUUGGGUAGCCUUGUUGGAAAAAGCUUAUGCCAAGCUGCAUGGUUCAUACGAGCAGCUGUGGGCGGGGCAAGUUUCGGAGGCGCUUGUGGAGUUGACUGGUACUGUCGCUGAGCAGUGGAGCGUGGGAAGUGCAGACGGUUCCGAUGAAGAACCGCCUUCCGAUCAGGACUGUGAUCAAAAGAGGAGAAAGAGGUUCAACCUGAGACUUUUGAAGUCUGUCCAGGAUGACUGCUUUCUAACCUGCUCCACUCACAACACGUCAGAAGGAGUCGGGGAGCUGGGUCAGUACCACGCUAUGACCGUGAUGGAGUGGUUGGAUGUGGAGAGGCUGUCGGAAAGCCAAGUGCAGCUUUUUAGAAUCAGGAAUCCCUGGGGAAGAUGCUGCUGGGGAGGAGCAUGGAUGCUGAGCGGUCCUGGUUGGAGUUCUGUGGACCCUGUUUGUGCUUCAGACCUUCAAGCCAGAGUGUCUGAGGGUGAAUUCUGGUUGGACGAGGCAGAGUUUGUGUCCCAGUUUGAUGACAUCACAGUGGGAUAUCCCAUUAACAAAGAGGGACAUUUGAAGAGCAUUUAUACAGGAAAUAUUUUAACAUUAAAUCACCAGCAGGUCGGCCGCUGGGUUAAAGGCGUUUCUGCUGGCGGCUGUCGCAACAGCAGCAGCUACAUCAGCAAUCCUAAGUUUUGGCUUAAAGUGUGUACAAGAGGAGAGAUACUGGUGUCUUUGCUGCAGCAUUCAAACACGAGGAACACUGAGAAAUAUGCAAGAACACCGCUCAGUGACCGCAAGAGUACAAAAUACCAGAACUACCAAGCCAUUGCUCUUCACAUGUGGAAGGUGGAAAAGAAGCAUUUGAAUCUGAGCCGGUUGUUGAACAAACCUCCCUGUGUUUCUACUCACUGCCAUGCCCAUGACAGAGAGGUGGUCCUCCGUGACCUGCUAGAGCCUGGUUACUACCUUCUUAUUCCCAGCACCUACCAGCCAGGAGCUGAGGCCCACUUUCUUAUGCGGGUGUUCUCCUCCUCUUCCACAUCCUUCACUGCCCUGAAGACCCCAGCUCGAUCACUGCCUUUAUUGACAGACAGUGAGUGGGAGACCACUUACUUCCAGGGCUCGUGGGUGACUGGAAGUACGGCCGGAGGAAGCAGAAACUUCCUCUCUCACAGGCAGAACCCGUGCUUCCCUUUUACGGUGCGUGCUGAGCCGACGGUAAAACCAGGGGUCAAUGUAAGGAUUACACUGCACCAGAGCCGGCCUGACACCGACCUGCUCCCUAUCGGCUUCCACGUUUAUAAGGUACCAGAAGGGGGAUGUGAGCAGAUGUUGAAGGAAGAGGAUCCUGUGGCCAGUUGCCUCCCUCACUGUUACACACAGGCCAUCAGUCUGGACUGUUCCCUCCCUCCUGGUUAUUACACCUUAGUGCCAUCCACCUAUGAACCCGAUUGUUCGGCAGACUUCACCCUCAGUUUGGCUCACAGAGUACACAGGAAGGUGGUGAAAAGUCAAGAAAAACUCCAGAGAUCCAUUCAGGAGGUCUCUCGCAUCUCUGUGAUGCAAAGCUAGCUGUGCCAAUGGGAUGCAGCUCCAGUGAGAUCAGAUCGCCUCCCUGUGCCUCUUGGCCAGCGAUGAAACAACCCAGUCCCGUCACCCAGCCUCGCCACAAAAGCCAUGACGUCAGUGUUGGUGCAUAUAUGUAUUAUGAGUGACUGAGAAGGGAGUCGGAAACACUGCUGACACUCUGCAUUUCUGCGCAACAAGGCACUUGUCAGCGAUUCUGAAAAGUUUGUUGGUGGGAUGGGCUGCUAAUGAAGUAUGACGGGACCGGCUGGUGUAAACAAACAGCCACUACUGAAGAAGGCCGCCUCUGCUCUUUCUCAUUCACUCAGUGCAGCGCCUGCCGGCACAAAACAAAGAGUCCUCUCAUGAAGGUCCUCACAGAAACCCAGAGGGCAAGGGGUGAGGGGAUGGUCUGGAACAGGAGAGCCAACCGAGCCACACCACGCCAUAGCAUGCCAUACUAUCCAUAAGCUUUCUGUGCAUCCUUCGCCUCGUGUGCUUUUAAAACUCAGACUUCUGUUAUAGUCCCAUAGCAGAAACCAACACCAAUGUCAAGCUGACCCAAAGACACAUAGUCUCCAGCUCCUAUCCUGUUUCCCAGACUAGGUCCACAGCUCCGCUUGGAGCUGAACAGAGCCAGCGUUUGAAGAUGCCGAGAGAACGAGUGACAAGCGAAGGGAUGAAAAGGGGAGUGCGGCACAUCAGAGAGAGGCAGAUCAUCUGAUGAAGCCGCCAGUUCUCUCUAUUGAGGCUGAGCAUGUGCAGUGAUGUGUGCCUUAUGGUAGCCAUGUCUGAGUUUCUGCUCAGUCACUGGGGCUGAAAGUGAUCAACUGAUCAAAAUGGUACUAUGUUAUGUUUGUUUUUUUGUUGUCCGUUUUGUAUUUAUGAUGCAUGUUAUUAGGUACGGUGCAAUAAAUAAAUGUUAAAACACAA